CUGUGCCUCAACAGCUCGGAACGUCAGCUGUGUUGUAAUUGUGAAUUUUAAGUACGGAUCUAAUCUAAGUUUUAUUCACUCUCACAUGGACGAACAUGGAUAAACUACAAGAUCAGUCUUCGGAAAAGAAUCCGAAAAUAUCGGUUGAAGAAGCCUCCAGAGAGGACCUAGUCAAGCAAGUCAAACGUCAGCUAGCUUUACUUCAGAAGGCCAAGGCAAGAUGUGAUGAUCUUAACAAGAGGUGUCAUGAAAGGGAUAAGGUCAAUGAGGAACUGCUCAGCCGCUGCGAGGCACUGGAAGCAGAACAGAAGGAAACAGAAGAGCUGCGUCAAGCUUACCUGUCCCUUCAAGGUGCUCAAGAAAAGCAGUUUGAGUCUUUCCAGGUUUUGGAAGACCAACUCGCAGCUUCUAACGAAGAUCUAGUCAAAUGGCGCAGAAAAUACCAAGAAUGCCUCGAAAAAUUGGAGUGUACAGAGUCCAAGAUGGCUGCUUACACUCAGGGAACCGAGUGCCUACGAGAGGAGUUUAAGAAGUUGGAACUUGACAACAAGGUUUGCCAUGCUAGAAUGGAAGAGGUGCUUCAAUCCCAGAAACAGCUAGAAGUGGAAAAGACUGCUCUGCAGCAACGUCUCGCCACUCUGGAGCAGGAGAAACUUCCGGCUGAAUCUGAAGCUAGGAUAGAGAUCUCACAGGGGCACAUGAAGCAAAAGAUUGAGGAGCUGCUAUCACAGUGCAACAUGCUGAAGCAAGAUCGGGAUUCUGCUAACGCUUCCAGGGAGGCCUUAAUGCAACAAGUGCAGAGUGCCAACGAGGAAGUCUGCAGCCUUCAAGAGCAGCUGUCCGCACUGUUGGAGGAAAGGUCGUGCCUUGAGAACCAGCGUGAUAUGAAAAUGAAUGAAUGCAACUUGCUGCAGGAGGAGAAGCAUGGUCUUGAGGAACAGGUCUCUAACCUGUACCAGGCAAAGGAAGAACUAGAAGCCAAGGAGAAGGAAUUUGUGAAAAUUCUAGACGACAACAGCAGUCUGGAAAAAUCGCUUUCGGAGGCUGUCAAUGAGAACACUCAGCUGCAACUUUGCGUCAACGACCUGCAAGAAAGGCUGAGAGUCGUGCAAGCUGCGAAGGAAAGACUCGCUUCUGACCUUGAGAUUGCACUAGAAUCCACAAAGGAGCUUCAAACUCAGCGGUGCCUUGUGCAGCAACUAGAAGAGAAACUUGCAGAAAAUGCUGAGGUUCACCAAAGCCUAAUGCAACAGCUGGAGGUUUCAACCGCUCAAAAAUUGGAGUCUACAAAGCUCAUAGAAAACCUUAGGAAUUCUCUUGCAUCGGCGGAACAGAGGCUUUCAAGAGGCGGCCAAGAUCCUUUGGAUUUUGAGUCGCAGGAGGCAGUUGACAAUCGGAAUGCAGACGAGGAAGAACUUAAGGAUUUAAAGCGUGAGAGAGAGCAGCUUCUUUCUAAAGUUUCAGACCUGGAGAAAGCUGUCAGUAGGCUUCGCGAUGAGAUGUCGGAGCUACAAGAACAGCUGGAUGUGGCAAGACGAGGCGACAAGAGUCUGCUUCAGAACCUUCAGAGUUCUGCUGCAAAGGUGUCCCUCCUGGAGAAGCAGUUGAAUGAUUCCAUGCAUCAGAAACAGGAUAUCAUUGAUGAGCUCAACCAGGUCAAGGACCUUCAACAUUUCCUUGAAGACGAAGCCAAGGAACUUCACCAGGAAUGCGACAAGCUGAAGACGCAGGCGGGACAGCUCGAGGCUGACCUUGAGAAUGACCGACUUCACAUACAGAAGCUGGAGCACGAACUUGAAGAUGCAGAAACACGGGACCAACAGUCUUUCAAAGAACUCGAAACCUUGCGCGGUCACCUGAAUGAGAUGGCGCUCUGUACUUUGAAAGCCCAAGAUACUUUGAGGAGAUGUACGGAAAGUGAUGUUGAAUUAAGAGUGGUCCAACUGCAAAGAGAAUUUUAUAGAUUGUGCCAGCUCGUCUUGGAAACAGCUGAGCGCAACUUGGUGGACAUACAUGUGGAGGGUCUGCCACCGGGGACAGGAGCAACCUUGGUGCUGAACGAUUCCUGCGAAUUUGGUGCUCCUUCCUGCGAAGAGGGCGAGCAGAGCAAGGAUGACACCGUGAGUGACGAGGCGUUUGAAGCCUUGAAAAGGGAAGUUGAAGGUCUUCAGGAACAGUUGACAGCAAGCAGAAACUCGGUCGAUCUGCUUCAGUUUGAAAAGCAAGCUGUGGAAGAGGAACUAGCAAUGGAGAAGAUCACGAAAGAGAAAUUUAACAGGGAUUUGGCAGCAAGCAAUGAGCAACUUGCUUUGGCAAAGCAAAGAGCAGAAGAAGUGCUAGCAGAAACUACUCUCCAGAUUGCAGAGUUUGAGAAAAGGCUUGAAGACAGCUCACGAAACCUUAGUGAUAGAGACGAAGCACUUCAAAGUGUAUCAAAAGAGCUUGAUGACAUGCACCUUAGAUAUAGUGAGUUGGAGAAUAAGUAUAGCCAGCUUUCGGAGAAAAUCUCUGUUGACCAAGCCAGUAUUGCCAAAAACCAGGCUAGCCUUAUUGCAGAAAAGGAUAGCAUGUUAAAACGCUUACAAUCGGAGCUUGAAAAAGCCAAUGAGCAGUCCGCAAAGUUGAAAGCUGACUUGGAGUUUUCACAAGUUGAAAUUCAGGAGCUUCGUUUACAGUGUGACACUAUGGGGUCACAAAAUGUAAGGGCCACUAGUGAGCUGACAUCUAAGUAUGACAACGAAAUCAAACAUCUUGAAGAGACUGUGAAAUCCCUGAAACAUGGCAAUGAUACGCUGGUUGAAGAAAUUUCACAGAAAGGAAAAGAUCUUUCUUUACAUGCAGACGACCUCACAGAUGCUAAGCAACAGUUGCUUUUGCUUCAGCAAGAAGUUGCAUCUCUGCGAGCGGCUAACUUGGCUUUGACGCAGGAAUGUUCGAUGCUGAGUAGUUCUUUAGAGGCUAGCAAAGCUGAUGUUGAGAAAUUGAGCACUUGUCUCUCUUCAUCCUCUGUGGAAAAAGACACCCUUCAAGAGGGUCUGUCACAAGAACUGUCAUCCACUAGAGCUGAACUCAUCUCCAAGACCAAGCUGCUUGAAGAGAUCCAUUCGAGGCUUGAUGACCAGCUUGAACGGACAGAAAACCUUCAAGCUUUGCUGACGACCUUAGAGGAAGAGCAUAAAGGUUGCAGGACACAAAUAGACAAUAAGGAAUCUGAGUUAUCAGCUGCUAAGGAUGAGGUGACCCAACUUCAAAAGGAAUGUGCUAAACUCUGCACAAUUUUUAAAUCUGACAGUCUGCCCAAUGAGGAUUCUGUUCCAUGUCAUGAAUGGUAUACUGCUCAGAUGACAGCGCUGAAGUUGAUAUCUCGUCUUGUGGCUUAUGCUAUCAAACCUCAGGACCACAACUCUGCUGAUACCGCUACAAUGCUCGCAGAAGCUGGGGCAGUUCACGCUGCUCUGUCCAGUAAAAUAGAAUCCUACGAUGAAAUCGAAAAUGGCCCAUUGUCCCUCGAGAGAGUGUUCAGCAAGGCCAUGUUCGACAACGUUGUCAUACUUCUCGCUGUGCUAAGCGACAUUCAGCAGUUGUGGAAUUCACUGGCAAAGGAUGCUGAACAGAUAUCAGAGGAUUCGUCGCUGACCGAACCUGUGGAACCUGAGCAAGAAUCUGAAAAGAUGGCUGAGCUGCUUAGCUCUUUAAAGGAGAAAGAUGACAUGCUGGCAAAGUUCAAGGCAUUGGCCAUGAGGCUGAAGAAAGAGUUGGCAGAGAAAGGCAAGCAGAUGAAUUCCCUUGAGAAAGAGCUGUCUAGUGUAAAGCAGGAGUUGGAGAAGAACUCGCAAGCCUCAAAGCAGACUGUACAAAAUUUUCAGAGUCUGCAAAGCGAGUACGACAAACUGCAAGACCAGAAUGAGGCAACUAGGUCCCUGUGCAAAGAGUGGGAGACGAAAGUAGCCUCAGUGGUCAAUGAUUUGGCCCUGGCAAAAAUGGAAAUGACCAGCGUCGCUGCCGAGAGGGACAAAGUGAAACAGGCCAACGACGUUAUGAGUGCAGAAUUAAAAGCAUGGGAACAGUGCAAGGCAGACUUUGAGGCUAAAAUAAUCACUCUGGAGGCUCAGCUGUGCACGGCCAAAGGGCAGGAGGAUAGACUGCAGUCACACAUGAAGGCCCUGGAAGAACAAAUGGAUGAACUGAAGAGACAGUUGGGGGCAGAGAGAGAGCAGCACGCUAAUACUGCCCACCAGCUUGACAGGAUGCAGAAGGAAUCCAAGAUGCACUCUCUCCUAGACUUGGAGAUUGCAGAUUAUGAGCGCACUGUGGCAGAACUAAACAACCUCCUGAAGGAAAAGAAUGAAGAAUUGGACAAUUCAAGAAAAGAAGCCUUGACAUACCAGACCAAGAUCAGCGAUCUCGUUGAGCACACAGGAUACCUGGAAAGCCAGAAGAAGUCUGACGACGAGCGGCUGCUGGCCUUCAAGGAUACAGUGGCCAACCUCAAGGAGGAACUGGCCCAGAGUCGUAGGCACGAGGAAGAACUGGUGCGCGCCGAGGUGAGGCUCGAAUCAGAAAUCAGGGCCAUCCAGCUGCGGGAGGAAGAGACAAAGUUGAGCUUUGCUGAGCUUUCAAGAAAGUGCCAGAGCCUAGAAGCGAGCCUUCGCUCCUCAAGGGAGAACCACCAAAGGGCUACCAAGACCCUGGAGUCAAAAAUAGCGUCCCUCAAGGAAGUACUUGCAACAACACAGAGCGAACUAGAAACCACCAAGGCAGAGUUCGACAACUACAAGGUGCGAGUUCACACGGUCUUGAAACAGCAAAAGAAAAGCACCGCCCCUAGCGGCGACGCAUCUGGCGGCGACUCGGAUGCCCAGGAGAAGAUGCACUCGGUGAUUGAGCAGCUGCGCUUGAGGAUCAAGGACCUCACGGAGCAGCUGGAGGUGGGACAGUCGGAGGCUGAGGCGGCACAGGAGGAGUACGACAGGCUCGCACAGCGCCACCAGCUCGUCGCGUCGGAACUCGAGGCCCGGGAGCGAGAGUGGAAACACAGGUUGGAAGAAGCAUUGAAGCAGAAAACUUUGGAAAUGGGCAUUGAACUGGAGAAGCAACUGGAGCAGCAGUAUGAAACUUUGUCAUCCAAGUUUCAGAAAAAAAUUUCACAGAAGGAGCAGGAGCAUCAGUCCGCGUUGGAGUCUCAACAAGAAGCCUUCGAGGAGCUUAAAAGGGAAAUGUCAGAACUUCAGCAAAAAUUGCCAACUGUUCAGCAGGAUGACGUUGUCCCGUUCGACAUUACUACACAGGAGAGGCAAGAUGGAGAGGGUUCGGAGUCCAUCUCACCUGUCCCAGCAAUUCCUGCAAAGCCUCUGCCAUGGGGACUCGUGCCCACUGGAGGAUUUGUUCCACUUGAGCAGCUGCUGCGAGGCGAGGAAGAUCCUGUUCCAGACGAUCCUGACAUUCUCCUAUCAAAGGUGACCGAGGCACAGAGAAAAGUGGACCAUUUGGCAGAGCUAUUGAAUGAGUCUGAGUCAAGCAACCUGCGGAUGACGGAGCAGAUCAGGGUGCUGAAGGAGGAGAUACGUCGCCUUGAGCGAAACCAGGAGAGGGAAAAGCAUGCCCAAAACCUGGAAUAUCUGAAGAACAUUGUUAUGAAGUUUGCUACCCUGCGCGGAGGAAGCGAGAAGGAGAGGCUGGUUCCGGUGCUAACCACAAUGCUGAAGCUGAGCCCCGAAGAGCAGAAGGAGCUCCAGAUGGUCGUCUCCGGAGAGUCCCAGGCAGAUGCGGCAGCAGGUUCCGGUUGGGGGGGCUACCUGCCACGCUGGCCCGGAUUCGUGGGAUAAUUCCAUCCUGCAAUGUUGCUUGCAAAGAGCUGUGUAUAAAAGUUGUGUACCAUACAAGAAGCGUUACCCUCCGAAAAAAUGCUGUACAGCUAUUCUACUGACUUUUUAGCUCAGUAAAUUUGUGUUUUGAUUUGA